UGUAGGGGUUUUCCCCCUUCCUCCUUUUCAAAUGAUUUUAUUCUUUACAUCGAGCCAGAAAAUAUUUUCCUCUUCCCUUGUGCUAUUUAUGUUUGUAUUUCCUCUGCAGGUUCAGCAUGCAAGCGCUGCACUGACAACCAAUAUUCAAUUGCUGAACAGAGGGAUCAGUGUUUCAACAAAACGGAUGAAUUUCUCCUCUGGACCGAUCCCUUCUCAGUCAUUCUGAGCUUCCUUGCAGUCGUUGGGAUCAUUGUUACCGUUGUGUUUGCUGUUCUGUUUGCAGUAUAUCUUAAAACUCCCAUUGUGAAGGCAGUUGGAGGUUAUUUGUGCUUUCUGGAGCUUUUUUCCUUGGUGGCUGGCUUCUGUCUUACAUUCACCUUCAUAGGCAAACCUACUGAGAAGAUUCACUGUGUAGGUGUGCCUCUCUUUGGUGUAUCCUUCACCCUUUGUAUCUCUUGCAUUCUAGCUAACUUGCUUCAGAUCUUGGUAGCUUUCAACUUUGACCUUAAUGUAGGGUCUUGGAUAAAGAAGCUGAAUAAGCCGCUGUUGGUAGUUACUAUUGUCUCUGGGAUCCAGGUGGCCCUGUCUGUUUCAUGGCUGAUCGUAAAACCACCAGUUCCUAAAGAGACGCCAGGGAAAGUGACCAUUCUGCAGCAGUGUGAGACACAAUCCCCUGAAUACUUUAUAGCAAUGUUAGCCUACAAUGCUUUCUUGGGCUUUAUUUGUUUUGUGUUCACAUUCAAAGGUAAACAGUUGCCGGAUUUGUACAAAAAUGCAUCUUUAAUCACCAUUAGCAUGCUGCUGUUUGUGGUCAUCUGGAUUAUCUUCCUCCCAAUUUAUCUGACCUUAACAGGGAAGUAUAAACCAGCAGUAGAAAGUGCAGCCAUCCUCACUUCAUGCUUCAGUGUUCUCGGCUGUCACUUGGCUCCCAAGUGUUAUAUUAUGUUGUUCAGGAAAGAGCUUAAUCAUGAGAGCGCCAUCACUGAGUACAUUAGGAACCAUUAUGAACGGAAGGGCAUAUCUGUGGUACAGUCAUAGACUCACACUUUCGUGUAGGAGUUAUAAAUAAUACUGAUCUGCAAAAGAAUCUGUCCUCCUAUGAUGAAAUCAUAGCUUUCUUGGUUGGAUGGAAAUAAAGUAUUUCAUCUUAUUCACAUACACAGGGGAGUUUUCACUGUGUAGGGCAGGAGUGUCGAAC